AUGCUGUUUGGAAAAAUCAAGUACAGUAUCCAAUUGAUUUCCUUCUUGGUGUCACUCGUCUGUAAUUUUGUUUUGAUCUUUUUGAUUCUAAACAAGUCACCGAAGAAAAUGGGAAGCUAUAAAUAUUUGCUGGUCUAUUUUUGCUGUUUCUCGAUCUUCUUUUCAAUUUUGGAUAUUAUUGUGGAGCCGUACAUCCACAGUCACGGCUCAGCAAUGUUUAUGAUGAUGGAGCUCCGACAUUUGAAGUUUGCUCCGAAAUUUGCUUACUUAUUGACAACUCUUCUUUGUGGUUGUUUUGCCAUUUCAAUAACGACAAUCAGUAUUCAGUUUGUUUUCCGAUAUUUUGCUAUGGAGAGAAAAGGCAGAAUUUCGUAUUUUCGUGGAAAAUGGCUAAUCAUCUGGUUUCUGGUUCCAUCCAUUACUGGAGCAGUUUGGAUAAUUCAAGAUUGGAUUUUUCUGGUUCCAAAUGACAAAAUGUCGGAAUAUAUAAGUGAUACCGUAUUCUCCAACUACGGUAUCAAUGUGACCGAUAUCACCUAUGUUGGAUGUCUAUUCUAUCCUCCUGAUGAGAAUGGAAUUCCGCAAUUAGAUUAUAAACAGUUGAUUGGAUUUUUUCUCUUUGGUUUUAUAUUGAGCACAACAUUUUGGACAGUGGUGAUAUUCGGUGUAAAAAGCUACAAACUCGUUCGAGCCCUUCCCCAGCACGGAGAAUCCGAGUACACCUACAAACUACAGUCGCAAUUGUUCAAGGCGUUGGUUGCUCAGGCGUUCAUUCCAAUAACGUUCCUAUUCAUCCCAAUUGGACUCAUAUUCACUGCUCCGUUGAUUCAUUUGGAUUUCGAACCGGCCAGUUUCUUAGUCACCAUAUUCUAUUCAAUGUAUCCGGCUGUCGAUCCACUUCCUAUUAUGCUCAUUGUAGCCGAUUAUCGUGAGGGAUUGUCUGACCUUCUCCAAAACUUGCGCGGCAAACGGACCAAUCAAAUCGGAUUCUCCUACACCGACCAACAAGUUACUUCGAUUUCUUGA